AUGGCUGUCAACAGCUUUGUGAAGGACUUUGAAGGUCCCAAUCCUCUGAUUCGAGCCUUGGCAGUCAGAACCAUGGGGUGCAUCCAGGUGGACAAGAUUACAGAAUAUCUCUAUUCAAAUCCAAUGGUGGUAGCUAAUGCUGUAGCAGCAUCAUCUGAAAUCAGUGAAUCUCACCCCAACAUCAACUUACCCGAUCUAUAUCCACAGAACAUUAAUAAGUUACUGACAGCCCUGAAUGAGUGUACGGAAUGGGGCCAGAUUUUCAUCCUGGACUGCCUGUCUAGUCACAAUCCUAAAGACGACUGGGAGGCUCAGAGCAUCUGUGAGCAGGUAACUCCCAGGUUAUCUCAUGCCAACCCAGCAGUGGUGCUUUCAGCAGUAAAAGUCCUAAUGAAAUUUCUAGAGUUGCUACCCAAGGACUCUCGACUACUACAAUAUGCUGCUGUAGAAGCUGGCCCCUCCACUUGUCACUCAGCUGUCUGGGGAGCCAGAGGUGCAAUACGCCUGAGGAACAUCAACCUAAUUGUCCAGAAAAGGCCUGAAAUCUUGAAGCAGGAAAUAAAAGUUUUCUUUGUGAAGUACAACGAUCCCAUCUAUGUGAAACUAGAGAAAUUGGACAUCGUGAUUCGCUUGGCAUUCCAAGCCAAUAUUACUCAGGUUCUGGCUGAACUGGGAGAAUAUGCCACAGAGGUGGAUGUUGACUGUGUGUGCAAAGCUGUGCAAGCCACUGGGUGGUUUGCCGUCAAGGUGGAGAAAUCUGCAGAGUGCAGUGUGAGCACGUUGCUUGAUCUCAUCCAAACCAAAGUAAAUCAUGUGGUCCAAGAGGCGAUUCUUGUCAUCAGGGACAUCUUCUGCAAAUACCCCAAUACAUAUGAAAGUGUCAUGGCCACACUGUGUGAGAACUUAGAUUCACUGGAUGAGCCAGACGCUCGAGCAGCUAUGAUUUGGAUUGUGGGAGAAUGUGCUGAAAGAACUGACAAUGCAGAUGAGUUACUAGAGAGCUUCCUGGAGGGUUUUCAUGAUGAAAGCACCCAAGUGCAGCUCACUCUGCUCACUGCCAUAGUGCAGCUGUUUCUCAAGAAACCAUCAGGAACACAGGAGCUGGUACAGCAGGUCUGGAGUUUGGCAACACAGGAUUCUGAUAAUCCUGACCUUCGAGACCAGGGCUAUAUUUAUUGGCGCCUUCUCUCAGCUGAUCCUGUCACAGCUAAAGAAGUAGUCUUGUCUGAGAAGUCACUGAGUUCUGAGGAGACAGAUCUUAUUGAGCCAACUCUAUUGGAUGAGCUAACCUGCCACAUUGGUUCUUUGGCCUCAGCGUACCAUAAGCCGCCCAAUGCUUUUGUGCAAGGAAGUCAUGGAAUCCAUCGCAAACACUUGCCAAUACACUAUGGGAGCACCGGUGCAGGUGACAGCCCUGUUGGUACCAUUACCACUAACCUGGAACAGCCUCAGGUUGUCCCCUCCCAGGGUGACCUUCUGGGGCAUCUUUCAAACCUUGACCUUGGUCCCCCAGUCAAUGUGCCACAGGUAUCUUCCAUGCAGAUGGGAGCAGUGGAUCUCUUGGGAGGAGGACUAGAUAGUCUGGUGGGACAGUCCUUCAUCCUAUCAUCGGUGCCCGCAACCUUUGCCCCCGCCCCUACUCCUGCUGUGGUCAGCAGUGGUCUGAAGGACCCGUUUGAACUUUCCACAGGGACAGGCAUGGCUCCUGGUGGAUAUGUGGCUCCUAAGGCUGUCUGGCUGCCUGUGGUAAAGGCUAAAGGCCUGGCGAUUUCAGGAACAUUUACUCACCGCCAAGAGCACAUCUCACCUCUGGCCAGCCAUACACCACUGACACCAGACCAGAGCAUUGAUGUCCCCCUGCCUCUCAACACCUUGGGCCCAGUCAUGAGGCCGGAGCCUUUGAACAACCUGCAGGUGGCUGUGAAAAACGAUAUUGAUGUCUUCUACUGCAGCUGCCUCAUCCCACUCAAUGUGCUUUUCAUACAAGAGGGCAAAAGGGAGCGCCAGGUCUUCCUCGCAACGUGGAACGAUAUUCCCAUUGAAAAUGAACUUCAGUUUCAGAUUAAGGAAUGUCAUUUAAAUGCUGACACUGUUCCCAGCAAGUUGCGAAACAACAAUGUUUAUACUAUUGCCAAGAGGAAUGUAGAAGGGCAGGACAUGUUGUACCAAUCCCUGAAGCUCACUAACGGCAUUUGGAUUUUGGCCGAGCUGCGUAUCCAGCCAGGAAACCCCAAUUACACACUGUCACUCAAGUGGAGACCUCCCGAGGUCUCCCAGUACAUCCAUCAGGUCUACGACAGCAUUUUGAAAAACCAAUAG